UUGAAAUUAGAAAACAUUAUCGCAUAUUUUUUCUUAACUCCGAUAAGGUAUUAUAAAAUGAUGCAAGAUGAGGAUCUCGGUGGUCCUACCAAAAGGAAUCCUGUCAUGCAAGCGUUCAUAAAAAUAUCACAGAUAUACCAAGGUUAUUUAGAUCUUUGGACACCUCAUACAAUAUCCAGAUGGAUAUUUGCCGGAUUUUUAGUAAUUUUAUUUAUAUUGCGUAUUCUUAUAGCUCAGGGAUGGUAUAUUAUAAUUUAUGCCUUGGACGGUGAGGGUCCGGAAUUGCCUACAAAAGCGAAUGAGGAAUUCCGACCAUUUAUUAGACGAUUACCGGAAUUUAAAUUCUGGUACUCAGUUACAAAAUCAACGAUAAUAGCAUUAUUUUGCACCAUGUUUGAGCUCUUCAACAUUCCUGUCUUCUGGCCAAUUUUAGUCAUGUAUUUCAUAACAUUAUUCUGUAUUACAAUGAAACGACAAAUUAAGCAUAUGAUUAAGUAUCGCUACUUGCCAUUCACUCAUGGCAAACCAAAGUACCAAAACCAUGAUGGCAAUAUGAGGAAUACAAAAAAUAUAUUGAAUAAUUUAUUGACAAUUUUUUCAUUUAAAAGAUUCAAGUUUUUAUUUUUUAACACUUAUUUUUCGAUGAUAAAUAAUAAUAAAUAUACAUUAGAUAUUUUAUAUUCGUCAGGUACAAUGAUAGAGCCCAUUGUCCUGGUGAUUGAUUACUCGUUGAGGUCCUCGGAGAUGGUUGCCCGUGAUCGAUCGAGAAAUGUCGUUGUUGAAUUCAUUCCAACGACAGUUGUGGUUGUUGUCUCACUUGCUGAUGAUUCUCGUUUUUUGUAUGGAACUGACGGC